CAUUCAGAACAGUGACCUUAACGUUCAAACCUACCUCAAGAGAGACUAACGAAUUAUGUGAAAGAUUGAGAGAUUUUAGACGCUCAAAGUUGGCCAGUCCAUUUCCCAGAUAUCCAAUUUUCUGCUUAUAAGUUCCAGCGGUUAGCAACUUUGCUAGCUAAGCACCAAGGACAGCCAACAUUUUUCAUAGACCGACUGUACUCUACUUCAACUAUGAAUUAUGGGCCACAGAGCUCCCUCGGUUGGCUUCUUUUUGGUCGGCCUCUCUGCAGGUCUCGAUGUCUUCCCUCCCUCGAGCGCACUCCUCGCCUCGCUCCAGAAAGACAUCGAAUGGGCCGCAGAGAUUCUGGCCCCAGUGCUGCUUGCCUUCCACUUCCUGUGGCUCAGUGAAGACCGCAGCACGGCGUGUAUUCUUUUGUUCGGCUCCUGCCUAGUGGUGUUAUUUUGCGACCGUUUCUCAGCGGAUACACUGGCGGUCCUGAGUCGCUGCGCGGGCCUGGCGUCCUUGUCCUGUUGCCUCAUGGUGUGUCUGUUUGCAGGAAACCCCGUAGGGGCCUUGACUAGUGUAACGCUCAGCUUGCCAGUACUUUGGGGGCCUACUUUUGGGUCCCAGACUUUUGACUCCGCCAAUGAGGUAGCCAUGAAGUGGUUUUUGAAAGCCUCAAUGUCUGUAGGCUGUUGGACCUCUUCACAUUCCCUGGACAAGUUUUUGUUGGAAGUGAAUGACCGAUACCACUUAAACAUGUAGGAUUUAUGUUCAGAUUAUCCAUCCAUCCAUUUUCUUUGCCACUUAUCCUCACGAGGGUCGCGGGGGGUGCCGGAGCCUAUCCCAGCUGUCAACGGGCAGGAGGCGGGGUACACCCAGAACUGGUUGCCGGCUAAUCGCAGGGCACAUCGAGACAAACAGCCACACUCAGAAUCACACCUAGGGGCAAUUUUAGAGUGUCCAAUUAGUGUUGCAUCUUUUUGGGAUCUUACGCCCACAUUCCAAAACUCUAUAUUGUCUAAUUAUGAGCGCGAAUAGUUGUUUAUCAUUUUGUGGGUGCCCUGUGGCUUACCCUGCCUCUCGCCCAAGCUGGGAAAGCAUUUCAGGGAAUGAAUGGAAAUGGAAAUACAGUACUGGAGUCCAUUCUAGGGUUAAACUGUCAGCAUCACAAAAACAUUUAUUCAUAGUAUAGGCCACAGGUGUCAAACUCAAGGCCCAGGGGGCCAGAUCUGGCCCGCCACAUAAUUUUAUGUGGCCCGCAAAGACAACUCGUGUGCUAACCUCUGUGAUUCUUGAUAAAAUUUGUAGCAAAAUUCCAAAUUUCAAGUAUGAAUAUGAUGAGGUGAUUAAAGAUUUUUAUGGUUUCACAUUCAUAACGGCCUUCUGAGGGAAACCAUAACUACAUUGUGGCCUGUGACAAAAAUGAGUUUGACACCCUUGGUAUUGGCUGUCGUUUUAAGUAGUAUUUGUUCGCGUAUACUGUGCAUUACUUAUUUGCUUUUGACUUUAUUUUUAUCUGUAUAUCUAUUCAUUCACUUAAUAUUACAUGUACAUGUAAUAUUACUGUUUAAAAACACUCAAACAGGCUCCACUGUAUUGUAUGCAUAAAUCAACAAUUUAUCCCUCUUUAGUACCAUUAAACAAGAACCACACCGCAAUGUCUUCGGUAAUAUUGCUGAAUAUAUAAUCUCAACAUGUGGCGGUACGGUGCCUCAGCUGGAAAGCGUUGGCCUCGCAGUUCUGAGGUCCUGGGUUCAAUCCCGGGGCCGCCUGAGUAUAGUUUGCAUGUUCUCCCCGUGCCUGCGUGGGUUUUCUCUGGGUACUCCGCUUCCCUCCCACAUCCCAAAAACACGCAACAUUAAUUGGACACCACUAAAUUGCCCCUAGGUGUGAUUGUGAGGGCGGCUGUUUGUCUCCAUGUGCCCUGCGAUUGACUGGCAACCAACCUCCUCCCCGUCGACAUCUGGGAUAGGCUCCAGCACUCCCUGCGACCCUUGUGAGGAUAAGCAGCUAAGAAAAUGGCUGGCUGGAUGGGUAGGAACACUCACUGCUACCUUUUUCCCAUUGUUUGUUUUGCGAUCGUGCCUGAAAAUAUAUGUUUAGAAUUAAUAAAAGAUUGUGCAACUUAAUUUUGGAGUAUAAUAGCAAUUAAAUGUAUACAGUAGCUGGUUGUUUGUGAACCAAGAGCUCAUCACUUUGGCACCGAGCACUUGAAUCACGGCUGUCAAGCAUCUGCUGCAGCUAACCCAGAAUGCACUGAGCAUGCUCGCUGCAGCUGUGGUCUGUAAAUGGUCCAAGAGUGCGGAGGAGGAGGAGAAGGAGAAGGAGGAGGAGACAACAGUCGGCUGGGCUUCACGGCACUGAGAUGCUGUUGCUGACAUGAAAAAGGAAAGGAGCUGCACGGGAGAGACGUGUCACGGACGGGAGUGCGACAUUGAAAUGCAAAUGACUGGGGAGGAUACACGCUAAGGAACUGUUGCAUGUCGUGGAGAUGUAUGCCUUCUACUCCCUCUUGGUCUACAUCUUCUACACUGUCUUCAAGAAGGAGGAUGAGGAGGAGGACGCCUCGGAGGCAUCAUGUGGGACCUCCGCAGACGAGCCAAGAACUGUUUCCAUGGAAACAGGGAGAAGGAGGAAAGAUGGCCACACCCCCGAUGUGAGAAAACAGCAGGCUCGUGUGAGGGUCAGUGAUUCAAGCGGUAGCAGCGACAGCGAUGAUAUGUCCCUGAGUGAUGAAGACGAGCAAGAAGGCGGUGAUAUCCCAGCGUGCACUCCGCUGGGGGCAUUUCUAUCCUUUAAGCAAGAGUCGGAUAAGAGGACGUCGCAGGGCCAGCUUGAGACAACGGGAAAGUCGGGAGAGUCCCCCCUGAUGGCCGUCAUGUCGCACCUGCUGAGCUUCCUGGAGCAGUACUCCCACUUCCAGCAGCUGCAGCAGCAGGCCGAGCAGUACCGCGUCCAGCUCAAGCGGCACCGCGUGCAGCACCGCCGACAGAUGAAGGCGCUGCGGGCCUCCUACCGCCAGCGGCUCAAGGACAAGAACAGCAUCAUUUGCGACCUGGAGGAAGCCGUCGGCCGGCAGCUCGGCCCGCGCGGCGACGGCGAGAGUGGCAGUGAUGCAGGCGCUCAGGGGGGGGUUCACAGCCUGGUCGAGUCCCUCUACGGCCUCCAGGGGGAGCGCAGCAAGCUGAAGGGAGAACUGCGCCUACUGCGCUCACAGCUGGAGCAGAAGGACCGAGACCGCCACUCGCGUAUUCUGGCCUUUCAGCAGCAGAUUGAUGACCUUAAAAGUGGGAUUGAAGAACGCGAGGAGGAGUUGUGCAGACUCAAAACUGCCACUGGCGCCACAGACUCUGAGAAACGCGUCUUGUGUCUUUCGGCGGAGAACGAGACCCUCAAGCAGAGCCUGACGGUCACCCAGGGGCUCCUGCAGCAGCUCACCGCCGCCCCCCCGCAGUCCAGCACCAUGCUCAUCAAGGAAAACGAGAAUCUGCGCAGCCGCGUGCUGCAGCUGGAGGCCUCCCUGCAGCAGCGCGUCGAGCGGCUGUCGCAGUUGGAGCAGCAGAGCGAACGCAGCGAGUGGAGGAGAGGGGAGGAGCUGAGGAGACGGGAUGACAGAGUGAGGGAGCUUCAGCUGGAGUUGGACCGAGAGCGGGGCAAGGAGCCUGUGGUCAAGUACGUCACCCAGACCGUUGAGGUCGAGUCCCCGGCCACCUUGAAGCAGCUGACCAAAACCAGACAGCGGAACGAGCUGCUGUCCGACAAGUUGUCCAACCAGAAUGAGCGCUGCAAGCAGUUGGAGGAGCAAAUCCGCAAGUCGGAUGAACACAGCUGCAACCUGCAACACAAGAUUGCAGCUUACGAGCGGGAGAUCGGCCAGUUGAGAGAGGAGCUGUUGAAGGAGAUCAACCACUUGGAGGAGAGGAAGGAGGAGGCGGUCAAGGCGGCCGCAAACUGUUCAGCGGAACACUUUGAGGACCUGCGGGACCAGUUCUUUGGUCUACAGAAGCGUCUGACGGCCCUCCCCUCAACUCUGCGCUGCAUGAAAACGGACUACGCCAGCCUGAGGAGCCAAGUUCGGAACUUCUCCGAGUUUUACGGAGCGGCGAUCAAGGAGGCAAAGAAACAGGUUUCGGCAGCCAUCUGUGAGAUGUCAGAAGCCAACAAAGACCUUCUGGAGAAGUACAGAAAGGAGGUUGCGCUGCGCAGGAAGUUGCACGAGCAACUAGUGGAACUGAAAGGCAACAUUCGCGUACUGUGCCGCGUGAAGCCUGUACUGAAAGAAGACCAGCACGAGGAGGGCCAGUCCGUGGUGGUGACCACGGACCCCGAAAACGAGUCCUCGCUGAGUGUGAUGAGUAAAGGGAAAGGUCGUGUUUUUGAGCUGGAUAAGGUCUUCCAACCUCAGGCUACACAGGAAGAAGUCUUUCAGGAGAUCGAGCCGCUCGUGACUUCGUGCAUCGAUGGCUAUCAUGUGUGCAUAUUUGCAUAUGGGCAGACUGGCUCCGGGAAGACAUACACGAUGGAGGGCAGUAUAGAGAACCCCGGCAUCAACCAGAGGGCCCUGAAACAUCUCUUUAGUGAAAUUGAGGAGCGAAAGGACAUGUGGUCCUACACCGUCACCGUCAGCUCCGUGGAGAUCUACAACGAGGUGCUAAGGGAUCUCCUGAGUAAGGAGGGAGAGAAACUGGACAUCAAAAUCAACCCGGAUGGAACGGGACAGCUGCACGUGCCGGGACUCCGGAUCAUCGAGGUCAAGAGUUUCCAGCACAUCAAGAAGAUUUUAGCCACGGCCCGCAGGAACAGGAUCACCUUCGGCACUCAGAUGAACCAGCACAGUUCUCGCUCUCACGCGCUGCUCUGCAUCACCGUUCAGGGCACGGACCUCGCCACCGGCUCCAAAACCACCGGUCAGCUGUGCGCGCAUCAGUAUUUGAACAUCUCUGUGGAAAUACCAAGCUGUACAUUUAAUAGGAUUGGACAGGAUAUGUCCAGGUAUGAGUUUUAUUAUGUAUCUCUGGCAUUUUCUUUCGUCUUGUCCUCAGGCAAGUUGAACUUGGUUGACCUGGCCGGAUCGGAGCGGGUAUGGAAGUCCGGGGCGGAGGGCGAGAGGCUGAAGGAGGCCCAGAAUAUCAACCGCUCCCUUUUGGCGCUCGGGGACGUCAUUCAAGCCCUGAGAGCGCGGCAGACUCACAUCCCCUUCAGGAACUCUCGUCUGACGUACUUGCUGCAGGGCUCUCUGGGGAAAGGCAGCAAGACGGCCAUGGUGGUGCAGGUGUCGUCACUGGAGAGCAACGUAGGCGAGACCCUCUGCUCGCUGAAGUUUGCCCAGCGGGUGUGCAAGGUAGAGCUCGGCCCCGCGGCCAGGAAGAUCGAAUCCGGCGGCGGCCAGUGCGACUGAGCCGAGCAAACG